AGAGGGGAGGACAAAAAAAUAAAAAGACUGCUGCAAAGCUGAUCUGAAAAGCAAAGCAAACAAACUUUGAAAAUAAAGGGGGAACAGGAAGUUUGGCAACGGUGUCCAAUAGAUAUGGCAAUGGUAGUCGGUGCGUGGCGAGACCCCCAGGACGAUGUGCCCGGAGCUCAGGGAACGCAGCCUUCGCAAGCCCCGCCGGUGCAGGGACCCCCGGCCGGGGCCCCGCACACCCCACAGACCCCGGGGCCCGGGGGCCCUCCCAGUACGCCAGCCCAGACCAACCCGCCGAGCCAGCAGAACCAAGGAGACAAGCAGCAGCAGCAGCAGCACAUUGAAUGUGUGGUUUGUGGGGACAAGUCUAGUGGCAAACAUUAUGGCCAGUUUACCUGCGAGGGUUGCAAGAGUUUCUUCAAGCGGAGUGUAAGGAGGAAUCUCAGCUACACUUGUCGUGCCAACAGGAACUGUCCCAUUGACCAGCACCACCGCAAUCAGUGUCAGUACUGCCGCCUCAAAAAAUGCCUCAAAGUUGGCAUGAGACGGGAAGCGGUCCAGAGGGGCAGAAUGCCACCCACACAGCCAACUCAUGGUCAGUUCGCCUUGACAAAUGGGGACCCUCUCAACUGCCAUUCCUACCUAUCCGGAUAUAUCUCCCUUCUUCUGAGAGCAGAGCCCUACCCCACCUCCCGCUUUGGCAGUCAGUGCAUGCAACCCAACAACAUCAUGGGCAUCGAGAACAUUUGUGAACUGGCAGCUAGGAUGCUCUUCAGCGCGGUGGAGUGGGCCAGGAAUAUCCCCUUCUUCCCAGACCUCCAGAUCACAGACCAGGUGGCCCUCCUGAGGCUGACCUGGAGCGAGUUAUUUGUCCUCAACGCUGCCCAGUGCUCCAUGCCCCUCCACGUAGCUCCGCUCCUGGCAGCUGCUGGCCUGCACGCUUCGCCAAUGUCUGCUGACCGAGUGGUCGCCUUUAUGGACCACAUACGAAUCUUCCAAGAGCAAGUAGAAAAACUGAAAGCAUUGCAUGUCGACUCUGCAGAAUAUAGCUGUUUAAAGGCCAUAGUCCUCUUCACCUCAGAUGCCUGUGGUCUCUCUGAUGUAGCCCAUGUUGAAAGUUUACAGGAGAAGUCACAGUGUGCUUUGGAAGAGUAUGUUAGGAGCCAGUAUCCCAACCAGCCAACACGAUUCGGGAAGCUAUUACUACGUCUCCCCUCCCUUCGCACUGUCUCCUCUUCUGUCAUAGAGCAAUUGUUUUUCGUCCGUUUGGUAGGUAAAACCCCCAUAGAAACCCUAAUCAGGGAUAUGUUACUGUCUGGCAGCAGUUUUAACUGGCCUUACAUGUCCAUUCAAUAAAACAUUCGAGAGAGAGAGAGAGAAAAAAAAAAAAAGACAAAAAUUAAAAAAAAAAAAAGAAAUAAAAAUUCGAAAUUGAGAAGGGAGAUGAGAGUGAAAGGAAAGCAAAUGACAUUUGGGUUCUGGUUGUUUCUUAAAUUUCCUUCUGCUAAGAAAGGAUGUAAAAGGAUGUUACAAGUUUGCUAAGAGAAGACAGGAAAAAAAUAAUGGACUGUGAAUUUAAAAAAGAGACUGUCAAAUGAACUUUUACAGAAUGCAUUAAAAACUCCCGUGUCGUUCAGAAAAAAACUUGCUACUUAUCAUUUUUUUUGUAAAAAAUUAAAAAGAGGGAAAGAAAAAAAGAAAGAAGAAGAAAAGAAACGAUGGUGGGCUUUUUCUUUUUUUCUUUUUUCUUCUUUUUUUUUUCUUUUUUUUUUGGGGUAAACUUUUUAAAAAAUCUCGCUUAAAGUGCAUUUAAAGGAAAUUUGGAGUAAAUUAGCAGAACGGAAGAAAGUAAGUCUUUUUUUUCCAAAUUAUUAAUUGUCCUAUGUGUCUAUGUACCUAUAGCUGUUCUUUUUUGUAUUUUUCUGGUUUCAAACCAGUUUAUUCUGUGGUUCUAUAAUAAUUUUUGAUAUAACCUUGGCUUCUUUAAAAAAAAAAAAAUAAACUGUGUAUCCUUAAAAUAUAUGUUCUGAAAGAAUUAAAACUGAGUCCACGAAAGUAUCAUAGGAAGAAAGGAAAAGAGAGAGAAAAAAAAAAAAACCCUCAACAACACAAUGAUGGAAGCGCACUUAAGGUGGUGACCCAAAAUCUAGCUUGAAGCUGAGAGAGCUAUAAUUAUAUAGACCCGAAUGAACCACACGUGUCAUAUAACUCCCCCCAAAUCUAGGUUUUUUGAUAUUUCGGACAGAAAAUGAACUGUGGGGAUUUAUUAUAGGUAGAAGGAUUUUGUGUCCAAGACACACUACGGUUUUGAUUUAAAAAACAGAAAAAAAAAAACAACAAAAAAACAAGCAAACAAGCAAAGUGAACUUUUGUAAUUUGAAUUGGGUUCCACAUAGUUCAUCAUGAAUUGUUAUUAAACUCCUCUAUCUGUUUGUAUAUUUGCAAGCCCUUUGUAUUAUAAUAAUUGUUGAUAUUUUCCCUUUUUAAAAAAUACCAUUGAAAUCAGCAUGACAAAAUAACACUGUUGGCACUUAUAGAUAACGUGAUUGAUUCAGUAUCUUAGAGUUUACAGUUUUGUGUUUAAAAAAACUGAAGGUUUUUUUUUUUUUUAAGUGCAACAUUUCUGUAUACUGUAAAAGUUAUAAUAACUGAACUGUUUGGUCGAGUCUUUGUGUGUUAUAUUCCAAGGAAAAUUGAAAGUAUUCAGAAAUUAAAAUAUUAUUUGAUAUCUGAAA